GGAAGGGACAUUGGCACCGGAGCUGGGCGAGCUCACCCAGAGCUGGGCCGGCAGGAACCCGAGCGCAGCGGUCCGGUGUCUGCGCGUCCUGGCACAUAAGGGACUCCUUGCCAGCCUAGUCGCCCCCUCCCCUUGCCUUCCCUCCCGCCCCUCCCCCUCUCCUGCCUGCCCGCACCACCUUCCACCCAGACCGGCUCUAAAGGGAGUUCUUGGUUUCCUCCGAUUUCUUAUGAACCCAGGAUGGGCAGCAAGGAAGAUGUGGGGAAGGGAUGUCCGGCGGCUGGUGGCGUCUCCAGCUUCACCAUCCAGUCUAUCCUGGGCGGGGGCCCUUCCGAGGCACCGCGAGAGCCCGCCGGGUGGCCAGCCAGGAAACGCAGCCUGUCUGUGUCCUCGGAAGAGGAGGAGCUGGACGAAGGCUGGAAAGCGCCGGCUUGUUUCUGCCCAGAUCCGCACGGGCCCAAGGAGCCAAGCCCUAAGCACCAUCCCCCGAUCCCUUUCCCUUGCCUGGGUACCUCCAAGGGCAGCGGAAGCGCAGGGCCUGCGGGCUCGGAGCGCACGCCUUUCCUUUCUCCUUCUCACUCGGACUUUAAGGAAGAGAAAGAGAGGCUCUUACCGGCGAGCUCGCCCUCUCCGGGUCCGGAACGGCCGCGGGACGGCGGUGCUGAGCGGCAGGCUGGAGCCGCCAAGAAGAAGACGCGCACCGUCUUCUCCCGCAGUCAGGUGUACCAGCUCGAGUCCACCUUCGACAUGAAACGCUACCUGAGCAGCUCGGAGCGCGCCUGCCUCGCCUCCAGCCUGCAGCUCACCGAGACCCAGGUUAAGACUUGGUUCCAGAACCGCCGCAACAAGUGGAAGCGGCAGCUCUCGGCCGAGCUGGAGGCGGCUAACAUGGCACACGCGUCGGCGCAGACUCUCGUGGGCAUGCCGCUGGUGUUUCGGGACAGCUCACUUCUACGAGUGCCGGUGCCGCGCUCGCUCGCCUUCCCGGCGCCGCUCUACUACCCCAGCAGCAACCUUUCGGCCUUACCGCUCUACAACCUGUACAACAAGCUUGACUACUGAGCCUCCCUCCGGCUCCCGGGGCGCUCCCCGGGCAGUCUGCAAUCGCCUGCACACCUGGGCGCUGGAGACAUCCUUCCCAGGGCUCCGGAGCAAAGCGUCGCGUGUCCAGAAAUAUUAAGAAAUACACCAUGUGUAUUCGUUAUGUCUUAUUUAUGGCCUCUUCCCUACUUUUGUUUUUGUAUUUAUCUACAUUCCUCACGCCAGAACAACCUGCUUUCUACACAAAAA